ACAAUAGCGUUAUGGUUUCACGAGCCAACAGAAAGACAGAGAGAGAGAGAGAGAGAGAGUUGGGUUUGAAUAUAAUUUCCCAGACACCGAGGCGGACUGGAACUGCCAGAGAAAACGCCCCUCCACACUAUCCCACCGGGAUUCCGAUCCAUCCCCAUCUUCUUUCUUUCGAUUUAAAUGCACAUUACUCUACUUUCCUUUGGUUAAAAGAAACCCCUCAUUGUCAUAGCCAUUCUCUCUCUCUCUCUCUCUGCGAGUUGCUUUGUCUCAUUCUUCGGCCGAUGCCAUCACCACCUAAAUCUUCCCCCCCCCCCUCCUCUUUACUCAAAUCAACUCUCUCUUUACCUGCUUCCUACUGCUAGAUCUUAAAACUGUAAUUGGAUACGCCCUUCAGUGGAGCGCGUCAAAGACUUUGGAGAGUUAGGGAGAUGGGAUCGGCCCGAAGCAAGCCGUCUUCCGGUUCUGCCACGACAUCGUCUUCUACUUCUUCUUCUUCUUCUUCGUCGGGUACCGUCCGAAGAGCUCGGUCGAGAGGCCGCAGAGUUUUCCAGUCUUCUUGUCUCGGGACGUUAUCUGAAUCCCGCAACGGUGGCAAUGUCGACCACCAGGUUUGUAAUUUUGGGAAGAAAGAAAAUGCUGAGGGUAUGGGUCCAUGUUUAAAUCAAGCCGAAACGAAUUCAGAUGAGAUAAAAACUGGUUCUUACAGAAAGUUUAAAGUUGAUGAACCAAAUGAACUGCCUAGUCUAUCGUCUAAUAUUGAUCUUGAUGAAUGGGGUCAAGCAAGCAUUACUGAUAUGGCAUCCAGAACCGGUAGCAGCUCUACCCGAGCUUCGUCUACUCAAUCUUUGAACCCUUCAAGUCGUUUUCUUUCUCGCUUUAGUUUUAUCCCUGGUAAUGCAAGCUUCAGACUCAGCAGAGCAACCAGUUUAGGGUCAUCAAGGUCUUAUCCUGUUUCUUCCUCAACUCUAUCAAUAUUGAAUGAUGAAGAUGAGCUUCAUCUACGAGCAGGACCUGCCAGCAGGUUUGUUCCUGGAACAGAAACUAGACGAGGUAGUCACUUGCUUCCUGCAUCACUGAUUGAUGGAACAUCCACACAAUGUAAUGAAGAGGCUACUGGUAGUUUGAUGUUAGAUUGUCCAGCACCUGGUGUUUCUGAAAAUUUGCGAGAGAAUCAGAUGGUUUCUUAUAUCCACAAUGUGGCCAAUGAUGGUGAUAGUACAAGAAAUGGGGUUGAAGUUAACUUGUAUUCACCAAGAAUUCAUAAUGAAACUGAGAGUAUGGAGACUAGAAAUUCUGAUCGGCGGAUUGGAGCUCAUCAGCCAGUUGAACGGAAUGUUCGUUUCAGUCGGACACUUAGUGUUGGAAGACUUCGUGACAGGGUUCUUCGUCGAUCAUCAUUGUCUGACUUAACAUUCUGCCCAUUGCAACUAGAGAGAGAAGUGAGGGAUUCUAAUCAGGGCAGUGGUAGAUCGGCCUUGGAGGGUGAAACUAGGGAAUUGGUAUCUGAAAGCGAUGCUGUAACAACUCCAACUACCUCCGGUACAUCUAGCUCUUUAUUUAGCAUCCAAGAUCACGAAGUGGAAACUUCACGGCCAGGAGAAGGCAGGUACCAUGACCUACUUGAGCAUAGAUCAAAUUUCCUUGAACGGAGAAGAAGAAUACGAUCUCAGGUUCGUGCUCUUCAGCGAUUGGGGAGUCGUUUUGAGAACCUGUCUGGACAUGAGAGGUCUUGUAUUUUAUCUGGUCAACAUAGAACAGGUCGUUGUACGUGUCGGAUUGCUAACCGUGAUGCCAAUGUAAAUGAUGAUGGAAGUGCUAGAGCUAGCAUAUCAAGAAUUGUUAUGUUAGCUGAAGCUUUAUUUGAGGUUCUGGAUGAAAUUCACCAGCAAUCUGUCGUUUUAUCUUCCCGGCCUUCUGUAUCUUCAAUUGGAUCUGUCCCUGCGCCUAGUGAAGUUGUAGAGUCUUUGCCUGUCAAAUUAUACUCCAAGUUGAAAAAACAUCAGAACGAGGAGGCUGCCCAAUGUUAUAUAUGCCUUGUGGAAUAUGAGGAAGGAGACAACUUGCGGAUAUUGCCUUGCCAUCAUGAAUACCAUAGAACAUGUAUAGACAAGUGGCUGAAGGAGAUCCACAGGGUAUGCCCUCUUUGUCGGGGUGACGUCUGCAGAUCAGAUUCAUUGCCUGCAGAGAACUAAAGUGGUCAGCUUAGCAGUCUUCUUACUCACGACUAAAGUUCUUCAUCAAGACGAGUAAAGUUGAUUAGUUGAGAUUAUUUUUCAGGAAGUUAUGAUCAUUUUCUGCUGAAAUUAUCUUUCUUGGCUGUGGUUAAUUGCUCUGGUUGCACUGUGAAACAUCGCACACCCACAAGAAAUGAACUGAACUAAUUGCAAAUAGGAGAGAUGGUUCGUUUUCCCCAAUGUACACCGUAUAACUUUGAGCAGUUCCUAUGGGUAUAUCCUAAAUUCCUUGCACGUUGCUAUA